AUGGAGAACUCGACCAAUCAAACUCUGGGCGUGUGGAUCGCCUCGAGCGUGCAGUACAAGGUGAUCAGCACGGCGCUUCUGCUGUCGAUUUGCGCGGCGGGUGUGGUGGGCAACGUGAUGGUGGUGCUGGUGGUGUUGACCACCAAGCACAUGCGCACGCCCACCAACUGCUACUUGGUGAGCCUGGCCGCCGCCGACCUGAUGGUGCUGAUGGCGGCCGGUUUGCCCACGGCGGUCGACGGCGCGUUCGGUUCCUGGGUGUUCGGUCACUCGGGGUGCCUGUGCAUCACAUAUCUGCAGUACCUGGGCAUCAACGCGUCGUCGUGCUCCAUCACAGCCUUCACCAUCGAGAGGUACAUCGCUAUCUGCCACCCCAUCAAGGCGCAGUUCCUGUGCACCCUAUCCCGUGCUAAGAAGAUCAUUCUCAUCGUUUGGACGCUGACUUCAGCCUACUGCGUCAUGUGGUUCUACCUGGCCGACCUGCAGGUGUUAGUUUACGACAACGCCACGGUGAGGGCGUGCGGUUACAGGGUGUCCAGGAAGUUCUACCUGCCCGUGUACUUCUUCGACUUUGGAGUGUUCUUCGUCGUGCCGCUGUUGCUCAGCGCGGUGCUGUACGGGCUCAUCGGGCGCAUCCUCUUUCUCAACCCGCUGCCCUCUGACCCUAAGGAGCAGCGGCAGUUGCAGGAGCGCAACAGCAACGAUGACAAGGGCAAGAAGAGCUGCAGGAACUCCAGGCACUCCAGCUCCACGGCAGCCUCGCGGAGACAGGUAACCAAAAUGCUCGCGGUGGUGGUGAUCCUAUUCGCCGCACUGUGGAUGCCAUACCGCACCCUAGUGGUAGUCAACUCCUUCCUGGACCGUCCAUACCUGAACAACUGGUUCCUGCUUUUCUGUCGGGUAUGCGUGUACCUGAACAGCGCCAUCAACCCGCUCAUCUAUAACGCCAUGUCGCAGAAGUUCCGUGCCGCCUUCCUAAAGAUCUGCCGAUGUGGACGCGGAAGAUCCGACAAGCCGGCUAGCGGUGCUUACGGUGUAACGCUGAGCUACAGCGCCGUCAAGGACUCCUCCGUGGCUGAGAGCGUCGACCAUUUCACCACCGACAUGGAAGAGAUAACCGUCACUGACGAGCUCCUGGCGGAGCACAAGGCUGUUUUCACAGGAUCUUCUUCGCCUCCCUCUUACGGCAAAGUGGACUUCACGAUGCAGGCUUGA